GAACCUGAGGGGCGGAGGGAAUUGGCGCAGCUGAGGUUUCUAGUCCCUCCUGGCUUCCCGUUCUCCAGGCCCGGCUGACGGAGGUCGCCGAGGCUGCCAUAUUGAAUAAGCAACCGGGCGUCUAAGGGGGUCGGUGCGGUGCAGACAGUUCUGCCGAGUGCCCUCGGCGGCUCCAGACAGAAGCAAUAUGUUAAGGAUACCUGUGAGAAGGGCCUUAAUAGGCCUUUCUAAGUCUCCUAAAGAAUAUGUUCGAACAACAGCCACAGCAGCAAGCAACUUAAUUGAAGUAUUUGUUGACGGCCAGUCUGUCAUGGUGGAACCGGGAACUACCGUCCUCCAAGCUUGUGAGAAGGUUGGCAUGCAGAUCCCUCGAUUCUGUUACCAUGAAAGGCUGUCAGUUGCUGGAAACUGCAGGAUGUGCCUUGUUGAAAUUGAGAAAGCUCCUAAGGUUGUAGCUGCUUGUGCCAUGCCAGUAAUGAAAGGUUGGAAUAUCUUGACAAACUCAGAGAAAUCUAAGAAAGCCAGGGAAGGUGUGAUGGAGUUCUUAUUAGCAAAUCACCCAUUGGACUGCCCUAUUUGUGAUCAGGGAGGCGAAUGUGAUCUGCAGGACCAGUCCAUGAUGUUUGGAAGUGAUAGGAGCCGGUUUUUAGAGGGGAAACGUGCUGUGGAGGACAAGAAUAUUGGGCCGUUGGUAAAGACCAUUAUGACUAGAUGUAUACAGUGUACUCGCUGCAUCAGGUUUGCAAGUGAGAUUGCAGGAGUAGAUGAUUUGGGAACAACAGGCAGAGGAAAUGAUAUGCAAGUUGGCACAUACAUUGAAAAGAUGUUUAUGUCUGAACUGUCUGGGAAUAUCAUUGAUAUCUGUCCUGUAGGUGCCCUGACCUCUAAGCCCUAUGCCUUCACUGCCCGGCCUUGGGAAACAAGAAAGACAGAAUCCAUUGAUGUAAUGGAUGCAGUUGGAAGUAAUAUUGUGGUAAGCACAAGAACUGGAGAGGUGAUGAGGAUUUUGCCAAGAAUGCAUGAGGACAUUAACGAAGAGUGGAUCUCUGAUAAAACCAGAUUUGCCUAUGAUGGGCUAAAACGUCAAAGACUUACCGAGCCGAUGGUCAGAAAUGAAAAAGGGCUUUUAACCUAUACCUCCUGGGAGGAUGCACUCUCUCGUGUAGCUGGAAUGUUGCAGAGUUUUCAAGGCAAAGAUGUGGCAGCAAUUGCAGGUGGCUUGGUGGAUGCUGAAGCCCUAGUAGCUCUCAAAGAUUUGCUUAAUAGAGUGGACUCUGACAUCCUAUGCACUGAAGAGGUCUUCCCCACUGCAGGAGCUGGCACAGAUUUGCGAUCCAAUUAUCUUCUUAAUACUACAAUUGCUGGUGUGGAAGAGGCAGAUGUUGUCCUUCUGGUUGGUACAAAUCCACGUUUUGAGGCACCACUAUUUAAUGCUAGAAUUCGAAAGAGCUGGCUUCAUAAUGACUUAAAAGUGGCCCUUAUAGGCAGCCAAGUGGAUCUCACUUACAGAUAUGACCAUCUGGGAGAUUCUCCCAAAAUUCUUCAAGACAUUGCUUCAGGUACCCAUCCAUUCAGCCAGGUCUUAAAGGAAGCUAAAAAACCUAUGGUGGUUUUAGGUAGUUCUGCGCUCCAAAGAAAUGAUGGGGCAGCAAUUCUUGCAGCUGUUUCCAGCAUUGCUCAAAAGAUUCGGAUGAGCAGUGGUGUUGCUGGUGAUUGGAAAGUUAUGAAUAUCCUACAUAGGAUUGCAAGCCAAGUAGCUGCUUUAGACCUUGGGUAUAAGCCUGGGGUGGAAGCAAUUCGAAAGAACCCUCCCAAAGUGUUAUUUCUCCUCGGAGCAGAUGGAGGUUGUAUCACUCGACAGGAUUUGCCAAAGGAUUGUUUCAUUAUUUAUCAAGGACAUCACGGUGAUGUUGGAGCUCCUAUAGCUGAUGUUAUUCUCCCAGGCGCAGCUUACACAGAGAAGUCUGCUACUUAUGUCAAUACCGAGGGCCGAGCUCAGCAGACUAAAGUAGCAGUGACCCCUCCUGGCUUGGCGAGAGAAGACUGGAAAAUUUUAAGAGCCCUCUCGGAGAUAGCAGGCAUAACUCUUCCAUAUGAUACUCUGGAUCAAGUAAGGAACAGAUUGGAAGAAGUCUCUCCUAAUCUUGUUCGAUAUGAUGAUGUUGAAGGAGCUAAUUAUUUCCAGCAAGCAAGUGAGCUCUCCAAGCUAGUGAACCAGCAACUACUUGCUGAUCCUCUUGUUCCACCUCAGCUAACAAUAAAAGACUUCUAUAUGACAGAUUCAAUUAGCAGAGCCUCACAGACAAUGGCCAAAUGUGUUAAAGCUGUCACAGAGGGUGCCCAGGCAGUAGAGGAACCAUCCAUAUGCUGAAACAUCUACCAGUUUGCUACAGAUACUUAAUGGACAACUAUGUUGGAGUGAUCUCUUAGAGGUUUCUCUCUUUAAAAAAUAAUCUGAAUGAUGUAAUAUUUAAGGUUCUAUCAUGCUUAUUUGAAAACAAUAUUGCAAUCAUCAAAGAACUUGGAGCUUCCAAGAAUGUUUAUGUGUUGUGUGUAAACAUGAAAUAGUUUAAUAAACAUGUACUGAUGCUUUUUCAUGUAAAAGCAUCAAUAGUCUUUGUGAUGAAUACAAAGAAAAUCCUUAAAA